AUACUAGCUUCACCAAAUCCUCUUUCUUUAGCGGCCUCCAUUUUUCCUCAAUUGGAUCUGGCAAGAUAAAAGUCAAGUUCUUGAUCUAGACAGAAGGCGAUUACUCUGAUCAGUAUUAGGUAUGUAAUUAUGGGUUCUUAUUGUUAUUUGGGUUCAGUGUAAAUAAGUUUGAAUGUCUAGAAAGUGAUUUCUUAAGUAAUAAACCAGACUUCACACGAUCAAAUUUAUACUCGGUUAUGCCUGUUUCAAUUGACUACUGGGAUUGGAAGCUUUUGAAUCAACUUCAACUUCAAAAUUUAACUUCAAUGAGCUGAGCUGAGCUGAGUCUCCACUCUCUUAGGGCUGGAUGGAAUAAUUGAAUUAGGAAUAAUAAACAAAUGGGAAGUGACAUCAAGACAAUUGUCUGGUUUAGGAGGGAUCUUCGAAUUGAGGAUAACCCAGCAUUAGCAGCUGCUGCUAGAGAUGGAUCUGUCUUUCUUGUGUAUAUAUGGUGUCCUAAGGAGGAAGGACAGUUCUAUCCAGGUAGAGUUUCUAGGUGGUGGUUGAAGCAAUCUCUUAUUCAUUUACAACAGUCUUUAAGAGCUAUCGGUGCGCCAUUGAAACUGAUCAAAGCCGAAAGCACUUUGGAUGCAUUGUUGGAUUGCAUCAAUUCUGUUGGGGCAACUAAAGUUGUAUAUAAUCAUCUCUAUGACCCCAUUUCCUUGGUUCGUGAUCAUAACAUUAAGCAAAAGUUGGGGGAAAUGGGCAUCACUGUUCAAAGUUAUAACGGCGAUCUACUAUAUGAACCUUGGGAAGUAUACGACGAUGAAGGUCUUGCUUUUACAACCUUUGAACCAUAUUGGAAUAAGUGUUUGAGCUUGCAGAUGGACUUUGUUUCAGAAUCGCAUCCAUCACAGUUGAUCCCUGCUGCAGGGAAAAUUGAAACUUGUUCUAUUGAAGAGCUAGGACUUGAGAAUGAAACUGAAAAAACUAGUAAUGCUUUGUUAGGAAGAGGCUGGUCUCCUGGUUGGGCCUAUGCCAAUAAGGCUUUAACUGAGUUUGUGGAAACUCAUAUGAAGGAAUACUCGAAAAGCAGGUUGAGAGUCGCUGGAAAUGCGACGUCUUUACUGUCUCCUUAUCUUCAUUUUGGGGAAUUAAGUGUUAGGAAAGUUUUCAAUUUGGUUCGCACGAAGCAAAUACUGUUUGGUGAAGAUAAUACAUCUGUUUUCCUUAAGGCAAUUGGUAUGAGGGAUUAUUCCCGAUAUAUUUGUUUCAAUUUCCCGUUUACUCACGAAAGAUCGUUGCUGGGUAACCUCAAGCAUUUUCCUUGGAAUGCUGACCAGAACCUUUUUAAGGCGUGGAGACAGGGAAGAACUGGUUAUCCUUUGGUGGAUGCUGGAAUGAGAGAGCUUUGGGCAACCGGGUGGAUUCACAAUAGGAUAAGAGUGAUUGUUUCGAGUUUUUUCGUCAAGUUUUUGCUUCUUCCAUGGCAAUGGGGAAUGAAGUAUUUUUGGGACACACUUCUGGAUGCAGAUCUUGAAAGCGAUAUACUCGGUUGGCAGUAUAUCUCCGGGAGCUUACCCGAUGGUCAUGAUUUGGAGCGUAUGGACAGCCCACAGGUGCAAGGCUUUAAAUUUGAUCCCGAGGGUGAAUAUGUGCGGAAUUGGCUUCCGGAACUAGCGAAAAUGCCACCAGAUUGGAUCCAUCAUCCUUGGGAUGCACCAUUUUCUGUCCUUGUAUCUGCAGGAGUAGAACUUGGACAAAAUUAUCCAGUUCCUGUCAUUGACAUAGACACUGCAAGAGAUCGGCUGGCUGAAGCCAUCCGCACAAUGAGGGAAAAAGAUUUGGCUUCAAAGACAGGCAGUUCUGAUGGCGCGAACGAGGAAGUUGUGGAUAAUACGGAUAGCCUUGCUAGAUCAACGAUCCCUAAGGUUGUUCUAAAAGAAAAAGUAUUAUCCUCCACAAUUUCGUCCAAUGAUCAGAAAGUUCCAACAAGACAGAAUUUCAAAGAAGGGAUUUCGAACAGGAAAAGGCCAAACAAUACAGAAGACAAUAGGCCGGUUCAAAUUCACGAUAAGCUUAAAGAAGCGAAUAAAACCUCGAGAGUUGACGACGAAUUCUGCUCCACAGCCGAAUCACCCGCUGCUAAGAAACCUUCAACCAGUGUUAACACGUUCUCAGUUCCUUCAUAUUCUUCAUCUUCAUCACCACCGGAUAAACUGAAGGCUUUUCAAGAUGCUGAUAGCUCAGACACGGAACAAGAUUCAAGCAAAAAGGGAGGUAUGAAAGAGCAACAGAAGUAAUCAAAUCAAUCCAACAAGGUGAUGUAUAUUUGUCUUUAUAAUUUAACACAUUUGGGACGCGACAACUGUUACGCCUACUACUACUAUGUCUGUACUACUUGAUUCAACGAUAAAACCAUCAGAUAUGUAGUAGCCAUGGAUGUUGCUUUCAUACAUGCUAAGAAUUGAAACACACUUUUAGAACAGAAAAUAACCAACAUAACUGCUAAUAUUGUACUAGUUCCACUUUAG